GCGAACAUUUGAAAUUCUCAAGUUUGAAUCGUAUCUCAUAUGACUUUGCGCGACGAUACUACUAUACUCUCCGAGUUGCUAUUUUUGUUCGAACCAGUCACUCGUCAAUGCUGCCAAAUUAAUGAUUUUAUAUUAUCGUAUCAAAUAUCAAUUUAUGUGAAAAUUUUUAUCUUGAUUCAAAUAAUGCAACGUAAUCGAAAAUUAGAAAAAAAGUCCGAUCAAAUCGAAUGAAAGCAAUUCUUUUUGAUUUAACUAUUAAUCAAAUUUCAAUGUAACUUCCCUUUAGUUUCCUACUCGACUUGAUUUUGUUAUUCAGUAUGGUUGGCAGAAGUUGAAAGACUUUGGAAUAACUUACGAGAACGUACUUACGUAACAUCGUUGUUAACGAUUAAGAAAGAUUUCGUUUUAUCAAAAAUAUCUUUGACGAAAGUGAUCAAGUUCUUCUUUUUUUUUUUUUUUUUAAAAGGAUCAUGGAAACACCCAUAGUGCGUGCACGCGUUGUAAAAGUGCUCGGCAGAACGGGCUCCCAAGGUCAAUGUACCCAAGUCAAAGUGGAAUUCUUGAACGAACAGAACAGACAAAUAAUCAGAAAUGUCAAAGGACCCGUUCGCGAAGGAGAUAUUUUAACGCUUUUGGAAUCUGAACGAGAAGCCAGAAGAUUACGUUAAUCUUCCUAAUCAAUUUUUGCCAUUGUGAUUACCAUACAAUUUUACGUAUAUACAUAUAUACAUACAUACAUACAUACAUAUAUAUAUAUAUAUAUAUAUAUAUAUAUAUAUAUAUAUAUAUAUAUAUAAAUAUAUAUCGACCAAAUAUCGAACGAGAACACGAAACUACAAAUUUCGUCACAAUGAAAUCCUUUUUAUUAAAUUUGUUUUAUAUAAAAACAAAAACAAAACAAAAAAAAAGAAGAAGAAGGAAAAGUCGAAGAUUAAUUUACGAUAAUUUGUAAUUAAUUUGGAAACAUAACAUGUUCUCUCGUAAUUAAAAAAGAAAAAAAAAAAAGAGGAAAAAAACGAAAA